GUGUUCUAAGAAGUCUGCGUUGUAUUCUGCUUUACUUUUCAACCAGACGAGACGAGACGAGACGAACCAGAAAAAUAAUGGCUGCUCAGCUCCUCAGACGCGCUUUAGGAAGCCGCUCCUCCCAGAUCCUCCCCAACACCACCACCGCUUCUGCUGGACCUAAUUACUCCUUAUUAGCUUCGGUCGCCAGGGCUUUCUCCUCCGCUACAACUCCAAUCACAGCCACUCUUUUUCCUGGCGACGGUAUCGGCCCCGAGAUCGCUGAGUCUGUUAAACAGGUAUUUAAGGAAGCUGAGGUGCCAAUUCAGUGGGAAGAGCAUUAUGUUGGGACUGAAAUAGAUCCUAGAACUCAGAGUUUCCUAACAUGGGAAAGUCUGGAAUCAGUUAGACGAAAUAGAGUAGGCUUGAAAGGGCCAAUGGCCACACCAAUUGGCAAAGGCCAUCGAUCUUUAAAUCUCACUCUCAGGAAAGAACUUAAUUUGUAUGCCAACGUCAGGCCUUGCAACAGCCUGCCAGGCUAUAAAACCCGGUAUGAUGACGUGAAUCUUAUUACCAUCCGUGAAAAUACAGAAGGGGAAUACAGUGGACUUGAGCAUCAAGUGGUGAGAGGUGUUGUUGAAAGUCUGAAAAUUAUCACUCGUCAAGCAAGUUUGAGGGUGGCUGAAUAUGCUUUUCAUUAUGCAAAGGCCCAUGGUCGGGAGAGAGUAUCUGCAAUUCACAAGGCAAACAUUAUGCAGAAAACUGAUGGCCUGUUUCUGAAGUGCUGCCGUGAAGUUGCAGAGAAGUACCCUGAAAUAACAUAUGAGGAAGUGGUUAUUGAUAACUGUUGUAUGAUGCUUGUGAAGAAUCCAUCAUUUUUUGAUGUAUUGGUGAUGCCUAAUCUCUAUGGUGACAUUAUCAGUGACCUAUGCGCUGGAUUGAUUGGUGGUUUGGGCUUAACACCAAGCUGCAACAUUGGUGAAGGAGGCAUUGCUCUUGCUGAAGCUGUACAUGGUUCAGCACCUGAUAUCGCUGGGAAGAAUAUGGCAAAUCCCACUGCCUUGCUGUUAAGUGCUGUCUCAAUGUUGCGCCAUUUAGAGCUCCAUGACAAGGCUGAUAGGAUCCAAAAUGCUAUCCUAAACACAAUUGCUGAGGGGAAGUACCGAACUGCAGACCUUGGUGGCACUUCAUCUACAACAGAUUUUACUAAGGCAAUAUGUGACCAUCUUUGAAGAUUCCUAUUGAGAUUUUUCUUUCCAAUUUUUGCAUUGUUUUCAACUAAAUAGCUGCACCGUUCUUUUGGAGCCAUGUUUGAAACCUGUUUUGUUUCCAGAGGAGAAUAAGACCUCAUAACUGUGAUGGCUGUAUAGAAGAUCAUUAAAAUUACUCUACUUAGGAGCCAAAAACUGUUCUGCCUAUUUUAGUAUCUCGAAAUGAACAAAUGGUUGGAUUCAUUUGAGGGGGCUAAUUUUCCAUGUUCAAGUUUUUAUCGAGUAGCAUUAUAACAAGAAAUAAAGGAUAAUGGUGAUAUGGUUUUGUUCCACCUUUAUCCAUAUUGCAUUUACGUUUCUAAUGUAGAUUAUGUUGAUUUGUGACUCUGAAUUCUAUCAUAUGAAUGCUGUUGCAAAGUUCAUGAAAUACUUUUUCGCUAUGAA